AAGAGCAUUUCACGCCGAAGCCACACAGAAAGCAGACACUAGGAGUCAUCCAUGUCUGCAACGGGAGAUGCGCCGGUCCGGUCUCUUUGACUUCUGCUUUCGGCGCGCAGAUUGUCACAGCGUGCUGGCACAGUGUUAGGACUGAUACCAAGCUUCGACUUUCCUGCAGCAAAGCUUUUUCCCCAUCAUUCGUAUCAUCUUGUAAUCCUGUGCCGGUCACGUUCUGUUCAUUCUUCAAUCUAUAUCAACUUCCUAAUCAGUCAAUAUGAGGUUCACUACUUUCAUCACUGCCGCAGCUUUCUCUAGCGCUGUUCUUGCUUCCUCUGCAAAGCGCGACCCUCAGCAGGAUGUGGCAGCUAUCCUCGAGGCUCUCCGUGAGAACAACCCCGAGGACGCCGACGCCGCCGCAGCCGUCAUGAACGUCAAGCUCCGAGCUCGCGCUCCAGAGCCCCAGAGCGACCUCGACUCUAUCUUGGCCGCCCUCGAAGCUAACAACCCCGACGAUGCGGCUGCGGCUCGUCAGGGUACCAAGCCCGCCACCAAGCGUCAAUCUCAGAGCGACAUUGACUCCAUCCUCGCCGCCCUUGAGGCCAACAACCCUGAUGACGCUGCUGCUGCUCGCCAGGGCGCAGGUAAGCCGGCCGCCACCAAGCGCCAGUCGCAGAGUGACAUCGAUUCCAUUCUCGCCGCCCUUGAGGCCAACAACCCCGACGAUGCUGCUGCGGCUCGCCAGGGUGCAGGCAAGCCUGCUUCUACUAAGCGCGAGCCCCAGGACGACGUUGCGUCCAUCUUGGCUGCACUGGCGCAGAACAACCCCGAGGAUGCUGAGGCAGCCAAGGGCGCGAUCCAGAGGAGGCAGGAUGACGUUGCCAGCAUCCUCGCCGCGCUGGCUCAGAACAACCCCGAGGACGCGAAGGCGGCCCAGGGUUUGGCCAAGCGUUGGUUGGCUUAGGGCUGAUGGAGUAGCAAAUGAAGCUUAAUGGCGAGAUACCAGUUCAUUUUAGUACAAUUGUAUAUAGGCAUUCUUGUAAAUGGAACAUCAUCGACUGAUGCACUUGAGAUUGUCACGGUGCUGGUUGAAUAUACA